AUGCCUUCAUCUGAAAUAUUUGUUGGAAAUUUAAAUAGAGAUGUUUCAAAAAGAGAUCUUGAAGAUAUUUUUGAACAUUAUGGACGUUUGAUUCGUUGUGAAUUGAAACAAGGAGCAUCAAGACUUAUGUGUCAAGGUCAUUUUGAUUUUUGUGCAGCGAUAAAAGGUGAAAAUGGUCGAGAUCAUCAAGGAAAAGCAAUUAUUGUCGAAUGGGCACGCAGUUCUCGAAGAGGACCACCAACGGGUUCAAAUAAUUUUCGUCGUGGUGGUGGAGGAGGAGGUGGUGGUAGAGAUCUGACUUGUUUCAAUUGCGGCAGAACUGGACACAUCUCUAGAAAUUGUCGCUCAUCAAGACAAGGUGAUCGUGGAUACAAUGGUGGAGAAGAUCGUGACCGUGAGAGAGGCGAUAGAGGAGAUAGAGAUAGAGGAGAUAGAGGAGGAGAUCGAAAUGGUUCUAGUCGUCCUUCGCCACGUGGUGGUUAUGAAAAGCGUCGUCGAUCGAAUUCUGGUUCUCCUGAGAAACGAACUCGUCGUUCACGUUCUCGUUCACGAAGUCGUUCUGGUUCACGUUAA